AUGCUAGGUGAGCAACACAGGAUCAAUGUCUCAGAUCUUAUUUGGACCUCCGUAGCACAACCUAGACAGAGGAUGAUUGUUUGGUUAGGAGUUCAUGGUCGACUGCUAACUAAGGCCAGGAUGGCACAUUUGAAUAUUCCAGUAGAUGAUGCAAAUUGUUGUUUAUGCUCUAGCCAAGUUCAGGAGACUGCACAUCAUUUGUUUGCUGAAUGUGAUUGGUUCAAAGAGGUGAAGACAGGUGUGUUACAAUGGGCUGGUGUUCAACUACCAACUGGUGACAUUAAGCAGGUCUUAGAGAGGAUCAGAAGGAAACAUUGGAAGCAAUUCUACAAGGAGGUGGUUGUAGCAUUAUGGAGUGCAAUUAUAUACCAAGUUUGGAAAGCAAGGAACUAA